CGCGUAUGCCGCGGCAGCCUUGAAAGUCCUCUAUGUCGUUUGCUGCCAGUUAUGCUCAACUGCGGUCAUUCAUUCAGCACUGCAAGCGUUCUCAGCUUGACGCGUUGAUAAAAUUUACCAAUCUUCCUCGUGGAGGACUGAAACCGGACUUACAACUCAGAUUAUUGUCUUAUCUUGAUGGAGCCCCAAACCCUGUAUUUAUUUCUGCUUUGAAUGAUUUAAUACGACGAACGCAAAACGUCGAAACCCCUACUGUUCUUCCUGCCGUGCCUUUGGAUGUGGCCCAUCCUCCCACAGAGUUGCACCGUCCGAUUUACGUUCCAGAUGUUUCAGCCGCACUUCCCGAUUCCACGACAGAUUCGCCCAUGUAUCUAGCCUCCUUAGCAUCGAGUGAAUUCCAGCAACGUCUUCGUGAGACAUCCAGUCGUUCUGAGACUUUGAAGCGAGUAGGCGAUGAACCUGACAUACUGCCCGUUGAUUCUUGGACUGCGACACGUGUAAAUUCAUCGGCUCCGGCCACCACCAAUCACAACAACCCGCAAAUGCAUGUUUGCCCAGUGACUGUCUCGGAUUGCACGAACUGUCCGACUACCUGCAGUGUACCCGCCACGAAGGAUCAUUCCUAUGCUGUUCCUAAUCCCCCUCCCGCUCCUCUAAUCACACUGGCCGGCAUCGAUGGGUGUUUUCGUUUGCCUGCGAUCCUCCACGGGUUCCGAUUUCAAGAGUCCCCAUUCUUUAAGGAAAUCGAUGUACUCUAUCCACCCCAAGUAAUCACUCCCACCCACAUCGGAUUUGCUACGGGGCGGAGGUCAUACGAUCGCUCGUUGUGCUUACGGUUUACUGCAGACCAAGCGGAAACCAUAACCUAUCACUGUAGGCGGACGACAGCUGAUCGAAUGGAGUUUGGUAUUCAGGUAAUCAUGCGUUUCGCACGCCUGGACCCUAUUUUUUGUGAGCAACUAUCCAAGGCCUACGGCCUGUUUGCUGAGCAAGAAUCCUCGGUAGCUCCUCCGCUACAAAUGAGCGAAGAUAGCCUACCGGUUCACUUGGCAAUUCAGGUGAAUGGCCAUCCUGUUCAGCUUCCUUCACUGUUGCCGAGCAACCGCCCCGGAAUGGAUGGACGCCGGAACCCACGACCUGUGAAUAUUACUCAGUUUCUCCGUGUCUCCCCGGCCAUGCCCAACUACAUCAAACUCACCUGGACCCAUGACUAUUCCAGCUUCGUCUACAGUCUAGUUGGUGUCUAUCUAAUGCAUAAAAGGUCACCCCAACAGUUGUGCUGCCUCCUGAAAUCCAGGGCCUUUCAGAAUGCUGAGACAAUGAAGGUUGGUGGGAAAUUGAAAACGACUGUCUACCAGAAACCAACAGACACGGGGACCGUCUUAAGCUAUUCAUCAGCACACCCAAAGUCCGUGUACGCCAGCAUUGUCUCAUCGAUGUUUCGUCGAGUUAGAGCGCUGUGCACAGAAGAGAUCGACCGGACGGCAGCUCAAAUCGAGAUUGCCAACAAACUUCAAGAAAUAGGAUACCCACUGGAACUGAUUCGCAAACUGUCCCCCAACUCAAAGGAAUCGUUGCAAAUCCCAAAAACUCAAAUGGGUUCAGAAAAUCGUAUGCGAGAUGCGGUGGAUGAUGAUGAUGAUCUCGUAAUGCCCAACACCUUACCUGUCCAGCUGCUCUGCCCCUUGUCCAAAUGUCGCAUCGAAGUCCCGGUGCGUGGCCGUCAUUGCAGUCAUGUUCAGUGCUACGAUGCAACAACCUACUUGAUUAUUAAUGAGCGCAAACCAUCGUGGAAUUGCCCUGUCUGUGAUAAGAAGGUCUAUUACGAAGAUUUGAUGAUUGACGGCCUAUUCCUCGAAGUCCUCAAUUCUAAAUGCACCCAGGACAUGGAUGAGGUGGUAUUCCAUGAAGACGGCUCCUGGUCUGUGUCAGAAAAUAGUUCCAGAGUACCAAAAUCCUCGUGUCCAGAGGAUAUUCGUUCCUCCGAGUCCCAACCUACCGGCCGUGGUAAUAGCCCAAUGGGAAUGUUACCUACUCCCAAUUCAGUCGUUUCAACUUUAGAACCUGAUUCUGUUGGUUCAUGCUCUACUACCACCUUGGGUGUAUCGUUUACUGCCUCAUCACCGACUGGUUCUGCGACGUCCUCAACCCACGGAGGAGCAACUGGCUCUCCGGGUCGAUCGAAUAAUACUAACCUAUUGAGAACGUCUCCCCUGAAAACAGAUAACACCCCAAGCAUGGAGAAGAAACACACUGUACAACACAGUGAUACAGGUCCGAUUAUCGAUCUGACUUGCUCAGAUGAUGAGGAUACGGGACCUCCAGUGAUAAGUUUCAGCGCAAGCCACUCAACCGCCACUAUCACCAUAUCGGAUGAGGAUUCCAGUUUGAUCGGUUCACCACGUCCUCAUUCACAAAUUGUGAACUCCUGUAGUGCAGUGCUUGAAUAUCCCAUGGCAUCUUACUCCGCGCAACCUCAGACGGAUUCCACAAAUCGAUCUACAGUCGUGACCCAACCAGGCCCACGUUCUACGACGACCUAUCGCCCCAAAACUAUCUCAAACACAGCGUUGUCUAAACACGGUCAGUUGAACUCAUAUCCCUCUCCCGUAAAUGCUGUCGCCUCGGCAUCUAACGUGCCUUUGCACGUGUCCCAACCUUUUGCAACGGGUGAAGCGAACCUCCACUCCCGAAAACGUUCGAACCCGUCAGAGAACCCUACACCUGAUAGGUUUGCAAAUCCGUCUCUGAGAUCCCGUCAGACUUGCAACCCAAGUCCCCAAAUUCCCCGUCCUCAUCCAAACAUAUCAGGUGGAUACCCUGCAAAACUCACUCGUAGUGAUCACCACCCGCGUGAGACACAAGCACCUCUCUGCUAUGGUCCUGUCACCCAAAACUCACGAUUUAAUCACCAGUUCGGACCCUUGGCUGACACAUGUCCUUCCACUGUCUACAACAGGAAACCCACCCAUGCAUCGAUGCCUCCAUACGACCUGGCUGAUUACGAUCUUCCCCGAGUAAGAGGGGUAGCUACUAUGGAUCACUUCGGCUUACGUCACGACUCCUCUACUACUGGGCCUUGGAGUGAGGACCGUAUGAUUAACCCAAUGGACGUUGUUUCAGCAUCAAGUUCAUGUAUGCAUUCCCGCUAUAGUUCUACAACGAGUGACCUACUUCUGUACCCGCCCCGCUUGCACAGUCAAUUUGACACACGUCCUUCGUACUUAGAUGACCAGCGACGACUGCCAUAUGACGAUGUGAGUUUGUGACACCAACUAAUUACUGUACCCAUAAAUGCCUGCUUGUAUUUUAGGUGACGUUGCUACUUCAGUAAUUUCAUUUAGCAAUGACAAUCAGACGUU